GGAGAUGGACACAUCUAGAGGCUCAGCAAAGUUCAUCGCAUUGAUGGCCUCGACACACACGUCCAACAAAUUCUGACAGCUCAAGGCAGAGUGGGAAGGUUGACAUGGAGGCCACAACCAGGGAAAUCGCAUUCUUGAUUGAGAAGUUGAUAGACGCAGGCUUAGAUCCUCUGCGACGAGAAGGCGUACACACUGAUGCAGCUGCGAGAAGGGUGCUAAGCUACUCGCUGAGGUUGUUGGGGAGCCGAUUUGCACUCCCCCAGCCGCGUGUUGAGAGCCUGGCCCUCCAAUCCUUGCGGAGAAAGGUGAUGCAGCAGGGGCACAAUCACCAACUCUCAAGAUUGGACGACCUUCAGCUUCGGCUCGUCAUGGCGGGGACACCCCCGGAGACAAGGAGCGCUCUUUUCGCCCUCCUCACAUCCCUCCCAAGCCAAAGGGAUGCUGAGGCAACCAGCCUGCCUCAGCUAGCUCCAAUGCAGAGCUCCUCUUUGCACUUUGCCCCCAGCAGACAGCCUGGACCCAAGCAGGCAUCAGCAGUCUUGAGGAAGGACCCAAAGGAGCAGCCAGCAGGCCUCCGAGAGGCAACACUGCGCAAGGACAGCAAGACAGCCGCAGAGGCGCGCUCAGCGAGCAACUUGGGAGAGAUUGCGUUGGUGCGGGAGGUGCUGUGCGCCUGCCAGGGCUUUGACGGGCAGCACGUGCGCUACAGUCCCACAGCAAUGAAUGGUUUGGGCAGCUAUGAGAUUGCAGCAGAGGCAGGAAUCCCUCCUGUGCAGCGCAGCCUUGUGCUGAAGCUGUGUGAGGUGGGCUGGCUGUUCAGGAAGCUGCAAAGCCAUGCUAAGGAACAGGACGGCGGCAGCGCGAUUCGGCAAGCCUUCCAGGCGGCUCUGCAGCAUGAGCUGAACAGCCUCUACCAGCUCAUGGCGCAGCUGGAUGCCCUGGCAGGCCACCCGCUGCCUGCAGGGGAGGACACAGGUGCGCCGUACCUGACGCUUCGGCGGCUGGCGGUGUGGCUUGGCGAGCCCAUGCAGCGCCUACGCGCACUGGCCAAGCUGGCGGACGCCGUCUUAGACCUGCAAGGCGGCCAGCUCAUCUCCGCGCUCGAGGCCGCCACCAAGCACGGCGAGCCAACCGCCUGUGGAACCGCUGAGAGGUGCCUCAGGCAGGCGUGCAUGCCUCUGCUGGACAUGAUCCGGUGCUGGCUGUUUGAGGGGCGCCUCACCAGCAGCCCCGGCGACUUCUUCAUAACCGCCAGUCCGCACUCAAAAGCAAGCCCCGGCUCCCUAUGGCGUAAGGGAUAUUUGCUGGAGGAGGACAUGCGGCCGCCAUUUGUUAGCGCUGCCAUGUCACACAAGCUGCUGCGAGGCGGCAAGACACUCAUCUUCCUCAGGGAGUGCUGUGGGGAUGCGGAGUUUGAGCAGAGCUUGGCCAGGACACCCAUGGCAGCAGCUGCCUCCCAGCUCAGCCAUGGCCAGACUGAGCAGUUGGAGCGGCUUGUGGAGAAGACAGCGGCCAGAAUUGACCGGCACGUAGUCAGCACGCUGCUGGACAAGUACAGCAUCGUGUCGCACUGCAGCGCUAUCAAGCGCUACCUGCUGCUCAGCCAGGGGGAUUUCGUGGCGGCGCUGAUGGAGGGAUUGGGAGGGGAGCUGACGAGGCCCUCAAGGGAGAUAAGCGAGUACGGGCUGGCCGGGUACCUGGACGCCGCCAUCCGCGCGUCCUCCGCGCAGUAUGACAACCCCGAUGUGCACAACCGCCUGCGCAUCCGCCUUGACCACGGCGCCGGCUCUGAGACCGGCUGGGACGUGUUCUCCCUGCGCUAUAGCGUGGAGGAGCCGCUGGCGACGGUGAUGACGGAUGCGGCGGCGGCGCAGAUCCAGGCGGUGGCUCGGCUGCUGUGGGCGCUAAAGCGCGCGGAGCACUCCCUUUCCGCCGCCUGGCUGCUGCUGAACACCACGCAGCGCACGCUCACCCGGCUCACCACCAAGGCCAAGCGCGCCCACCUGCCCUGCACAGGCACGGGGGCGGUGCUGGGCGUGCUGAAGAACCUUCAGGGGCUGCGCAACGAGAUGGCGCACUUGUGCACCAACCUGCAGGCCUACCUCAUGUUUGAGGUGCUGGAGCGCGCCUGGACCCAGUUCACCGCUGAGAUCCCCGCAGCGCCCGACCUCGACUCUCUCAUCGGCGCCCACGGGGAGUAUGUGGAUGCGCUGAUGGCGGGGGCGCUGCUGUGCGAGGAGCAUGAGGAGGUGCAGAGAGAGCUGACUCAGCUGCUGGCCUCCCUGCUCACCCUGCUGCCCCAGCUACGCCGCCUCCACAUGCUGGUGGAGGGAGCCCAUACGGAGAUUCACACUCGCGUCAGCGACAUGGGCGACCGUUCCAGAGCCGGGGAGUGGGCCACCACGGAGUCUGAUGCGCCGCUGAGAGGCAUUGACGAAGAUGAGGUGUCCGAGGUGGGCAAGGGCUUGAACAGCGUGACGCGAGACUAUGAGACCCACCUGCGCACCUUCGUGGACCUGCUGCCCACUCAGACUCCCAUGGACCUCAAUUUCCUGCUGUUCCGCCUGGACAAGGCCAUUUCCAGCCGGGAUGGGGAGCAAAAAAGGGACCUGGAGCGCAGUGCAGAAAGAAGAGACAGCAGAUCAAGCCUGUACUGAUGCUUUUGCUCUCUAGAGCCACUGUACUACCUACAUGUGUGUCAAAAAAGCAAAUUGCAACGCCAGACUUGGGCUGGUUAGAUACUGCAUUUUUUGUUCUUCUGCUUACGUGGCCAGGAAGGCAGCUCAUGGCAGACAUCCAUGAAUAUCUUAUGCCCAUGUGCUUUCUUUUUGGAGUUAUUGUCCUGCCUGUGGGAGGUGCUAGGCAGAGGCCUGCACCAUUACCUGCAUUGUGUGUUGCAAGCAUGUUUUGCGGGGUUUUCUUUACUCCAGGGUGAAACCUCCCCUUAUUUCCCUGGUUGGGCGUCGAAAAAUUUUGUUCA